AAGGGUAGGCCUACCCUCUCCCCCCCACCGACACAGCCCCAUGUGCUUUUUUCGCCCCACCUUCCGCUCUGCUGACUCCCCGGUCCAAUGGGAGGGCCCGCUGGGACCCCACGUGACGCCCCUUCACCAAUGGCGCAGCGCCGUUUUCAAAUUCGGUUCCCCUUUGUCCUGGGCCCGUUCAACGGAUUUUCCCGUGCCGUCCGUGAACGCUAGUCCCACGUUACCCACGUUUGUUAAUGAACUAGCCUAUAUCGAGCGUCGCUACAAAUGCUAUCGGCGACUGAUUAUUCCAACCGGCGGUGAGCGACAAAGCGGCGACGUUGCAAGUAAGUGGCGCGCGCGGCAUCGCCGAAUCCGCCCAGACACCCCCCCUUCCUCUGCCGUCGAAGAGCGAAGAACAAAGCCCGUUCUGGCUGCUGAUCACCAUGGAGCUUUACGAAGACGCCUUCAGGCUGCAAGAGAUGAUCGAGUCCGACAUGCGUGCCGAGGUCGAGCAGCUUCUCGCCCCGGGCAGCGGCGGGGAGCUCCGCUGCGCCGCCGACGCGGGCGAAAGUCUGGACGCCUUCGACUCGCCUCUCGGCCCUUCGGUGUGGCUCGGUUCGCACGGCAUCUCGCUCAUCUCGGACUUGGACGGACUCGAGGGCUUGUUGGUGGACCCGCAGACCGGGCUGCCCAGUCACAGGUCGAGCAUGCCCCAGACGACGCUCGUGAACGUGACGCUGGCGGCUGCCGUCACCGAGCCCGAGCCGGCACCCCUGCCGCAGCGUGCCGCGUCGAGGACCAGCCAGGACCGCAGCUACCCGAAGCCCGCCUACUCCUAUUCCUGCCUGAUUGCCAUGGCGCUCCGCAAUAGCCGCACGGGCAGCUUGCCCGUCAACGAGAUCUACAGCUUCAUGACGGAGAACUUCCCGUAUUUCCGGACGGCCCCCAGCGGCUGGAAGAACUCGGUCCGGCACAACCUGUCCCUGAACAAGUGCUUCGAGAAGAUCGAGAAGCCCGGCACGGGAGCCCAGCGCAAGGGCUGCCUGUGGACGCUGAGCCCCGCGCGGGCAGGCAAGAUGCACGACGAACUGCUCAAGUGGAGCAAGAAGGACCCCGCUGCCAUCCGGCGCAGCAUGGCCAACCCCGAGCGCCUCGAGCUGCUCGAGCGCGGACAGCUCGCGCUCGCGGCCCCCGCGCUCCCCCACCGGGCGUCCGAGGAGGACGACGAGGAAGAAGACGAGGACCCCCUGGGCUGACGACGAGCGCGACCUUGCGCCUCCUAGUCAGCGGCGGGUUGCCCCCCCGCGCGAGUCGCCGAGACAGGCCCGAGCUCUCCCUCCGCUUGGUUUCUCGGCGGCCAUCCCAGUGAGAGACGCGUUGCCCCGUGGGACAAGCCGGAACUCUGUCGCACCGUUCUAAGAGAUCGAGCGUGGCGGCGACGCAGCUGCAGAAGAUCGUCGGCGUUCUGCAUUAGGGGGCAGGUGGGAGGGCGUGCGAAGGCUUGAGCGUACGUCCGCGGGACUGUUGUCAGGGAGCGAGCGUUCUCGUCUUCCGGGGGUAGUUUUCAGGCUCUUUUUCUACCGACGAAACUGCAUCUCUUUUUAAAUUGUGACCGGAGAGGGUUUGGGGGUGCUUUCCGGCUGCGAAAAGGACAAAAGGACGCCGCAGGCGUGCACCCUGCGAACUGCACCGGCACUCACGGCUGCCGACCUCGACGUCUGCUCGGAGGCAGCUUUUUUUUACAGUGAAUUGCUUUUUUUUUUUUUUUUUUAUACAAUGGACUUUGUGUCAUCAUGAUCUCAACUGGCUGCAAAAGACUUGUUCAAAACAAGAGUUCAUAAAAGACAGUAUUUAUUGAGA